AUGAUGCCCAGCACAGCCAAUGGCCAAGCAAAACUAAAGGAGCUGGAAGCGCGGGGAAACUGGGGGAGUAAAGCCGAGUAUAUUUUAACGGUGAUGGGAGCUAUAAUUGGACCUGGAAACGUGUGGAGAUUCCCUUACUUGUGUUACAAAAACGGAGGGGGUGUGUUCUUCAUUCCAUAUGUUUUGUUCUUGGUGACAUGCGGGAUCCCGCUAUUCUUCCUGGAGACUUCUCUGGGACAAUACACCAGCCAGGGAGGAAUAACAUGUUGGAGGAAGAUGUGUCCGCUAUUUGAGGGUAUGGGCUAUGCCUGUAACCUUGUCAUCUCAUUCAGUGCCAUCUCCUAUAUUGUGAUCUUGGCAUGGGCCUUUUUCUAUCUCUUCUCCUCCUUCAGUGCAGAGCUACCCUGGGCAAGCUGCGGAAACUGGUGGAACACUGACUCAUGCAUGGACGACAGCAAGCAGAAUCGCAGCACCAACCUGACAUCAAGACAGAAUACCACACUACCAGUCAUGGAGUUUUGGGAGCGCAGGGUGCUGAACAUUUCCGGGGGGAUCGAGAAGAUGGGCAACAUCAGAUGGGAGCUGGCGCUGUGUCUCCUUCUCACCUGGGUCAUCUGUUACUUCUGUGUCUGGAAGGGAAUUAAGUCCACAGGCAAGGCUGCUUACUUUACGGCCACAUUCCCAUAUGCCAUGCUCCUGGUCCUGCUGAUCCGCGGUGUCACUCUGCCUGGAGCCAUAGACGGCAUCAUCUUUUACAUUUACCCUGACAUCUCUCGCCUCACAGACCCACAGGUGUGGAUGGAUGCAGGCACACAGAUUUUCUUCUCCUAUGCUAUCAGCUUGGGGUUUCUCACAUCCCUGGGCAGCUACAACAGUUACAACAACGACUGCUACAAGGACUGUUUUUACCUGUGUCUUCUAAACAGUGGCACCAGCAUCGUGUCAGGCUUUGCAAUCUUCUCUGUUUUGGGCUUCAUGACCUAUGAACAGGGGGUGUCCAUUGAAGAGGUGGCUGAGUCAGGUCCUGGGCUGGCAUUUAUUGUGUACCCUCGAGCAGUAGCCAUGAUGCCCAUGUCUCAGAUCUGGUCUGCCUGUUUCUUCAUCAUGAUCAUCCUUCUGGGUCUGGAUAGCCAGUUUGUUGGGCUGGAGUGUUUGAUGACAUCUGUUGCGGAUCUGUUCCCUACCUAUCUGCGCCGUGAGUUCAGGAGAGAGCUGCUGUUGCUGGCUAUCUGCACAAUAGGCUUCAUACUGGGGCUUGCCCUGGUCACAGAGGGAGGGAUGUACCUGCUUCAGCUGCUAGACCACCAUGUGUGCAGUGGGACCACCCUGCUACUGCUGGCCAUUUGUCAGUCUGUCUGCAUUGCCUGGGUCUAUGGUGCUGAACGUUUCUAUGGUAACAUCAGUGAUAUGAUUGGCUACAGACCUCUGCCUUUGAUGAAGUACUGCUGGCUCUACAUCACUCCUACAGUGUGCACAGCUACCUUCAUCUUCUCCAUAGUCAAGUACUCACCAUUGAAGUUCAGCAACACAUAUGUUUAUCCGGUCUGGGCUAACAUCAUUGGCUGGUUCAUUGCCACUAUCUCCCUCUCCUUCAUCCCGCUAUGGAUGGUCUACAAAAUGGCCAACAGCAAUGGAACCCUGCACCAGCGAUUCUCUGUGCUCUGUCGGCCUGUGGACGACCUCCCCGUGAACCACACAUGCAGAUCAGAUGGCCCUCUUCAUCUGGCGACCUCUGACGUCAUGAGCUCCAGCAUGGAGCUGAAGCCUCUGUCCUUCACAGCGGGAGAUAAGGACGCACUGUGA